CUCCUCAGCCUCUGCAGAAGGGUAAAGAGGCAGGGUUGGGGUGUUUGGUUGGUAAGGCUGAGUAGAGGGAGGAGGCUGGAGGGAGCUUAGCUGGCCUAGAGUCAGACGUGCCAUGGGAAUCUUCUAAUGGUCUUAGGAUGGCUAAGCUACUCCGGCCCCACCCCUGCUACCAAUCACGUCUGUCUUGUCUGGAGGUGAGGAAAACACUGGUCAAGAAGGGGAAAGGAACUCGAGGACCCAGGCCUAAGCUAUCGGUCAGCAGAGGCCUGGCAGCACAGACUCUGGUCGCUGACGUCCCUCAGGGCCAAGAUGGGGCAGCAGUUCAGCUGGGAGGAGACGGAGGAGGUCGGCGAGAUGGAUGUGGCUGAGCUCCAGGAGUGGUACAAGAAAUUUGUGGUCGAGUGUCCCAGUGGCACCCUCUUCAUGCACGAAUUCAAACAUUUCUUCAAAGUCUCAGGCAAUGAGGAAGCCACUCAGUACAUAGAGGGCAUGUUCCGAGCUUUCGACAAGAACGGGGACAACACCAUUGACUUCCUGGAAUAUGUGGCAGCCCUGAACCUGGUGUUGAGGGGUACCCUGGAGCACAAGCUGAAGUGGACCUUCAAGAUCUACGACAAGGACCGCAACGGCUGCAUCGACCGCCUGGAGCUGCUCGACAUCGUGCAGUCGAUUUACAGGCUGAAGAAAGCCUGCCGGGUGGAUCUGCAGGAGGACCAAGGCCAGCUGCUCACGCCCGAGGAGGUCGUGGACAGGAUCUUCCUCCUGGUGGAUGAGAACGGGGAUGGUCAGCUGUCUCUGAACGAGUUCAUCGAAGGUGUGCGUCGGGACAAGUGGGUGAUGAAGAUGUUGCACAUGGAUGUGAACCCUGGAGGCUGGAUCUCUCAGCAGAGGCGGAAAAGUGCCAUGUUCUGAGGGGUCCCUCACCCUCUCCACAGUCCCCCCAAGCUCUCCCAAGAUUUCAGCGUAACCAGGCUCUCCCCUGUGUGGGGCUAAGUAGGUCAGGUUGAGUGGGAAGAGCUACGGGGUUAGAAAGUGGAGGAGUUGCUGGGACUUGAAGGGAAUAGGGGCUCUCUUCUCGGCCCCCAUUAGCUACUUCUGACAGAGCUGUGCCUGACAGGAGGAGGGAAUGGGGGGAUGUCCCCAGGAGUCUGGGGAGAGGGGGCUCUCAGUUGGAAGCAGAGGCCAAUCAAGAGGCAAAAUCAGCGAUAAAUGCCUACACCAUGGGCUGGCACUCAAGACUGUAGGAGAAAGGGUCUGGCAGGUGUUGCCACCAGAGCCAGUGGGAGUGGGGCAAGGGUUAAUAAGGACAUAACCCUUAGGAUCCAGGGCUCAUAACAAGGGGAAGAAUGUCAUCUUAUUUCCCUGGGAGUGGCCCGCUGUGCCCAGUGCUGCUUGCCUAGCUCCUGCUGUCCUCCAACCUCUCCCCACCUCCACCCCAGGCUCCCAUUCCUGCACGGACCCUCUAUGGUUCCCAGCCAUAAACUCACGUCUCCUUAAAGGCUGAAGGAAGCUGUCCUCCAUUCCUUGGGGAGAGCUGGGCCGUAGGUUCUGGGUCAGGCUUUGUCCCUGACGGCCUUCCCCUCCCAAACCUCUGUUCCCCUCACCUGUGCAGUGAGCGGGCUGGGUCACACAAGCAGUGUGCAGAUGAACAUUUUUUUAAUGUCAUCGAGUUCUGUUGUUUCCCCAACUCUUAGGCAUGAUUGCAAUACUGAGACAAGAUUAGGAGGGAAGUGCUAUGGCUGAAAUGUAGCUGGGGAACUGGGGGUCCUGCCUGCCCCUGGGAGCAGGUGGGGAAGAACUAGUGUGAUCCUUGUGAGCCCUGGGAAGACAUGUGCUGCAGCUGAGUAGCUAGGUCCUUCCGGUCCAUGUAUGACAAAUAAAGUUCA